AUGUUAGACGGGGUGGAUUUCGCGGUCGAUUUUACGGGGAAUGUUGCCGCCUCUAUUGCGUUCCUCGUGGAGGAGUUCCGACGGGGUAGAUUCCCCAUCGAUAAGUUGGAGAGAUGGUAUAAGGUCAAGGACUUUGAGAAGGCGUUUGAGGAUGUUCACGCGGGGAGGGUGGUCAAGGCUGUGCUGGACUGGACGGAUUAGGGCUGAGUGGCACAACGUGACAGCAAUGGACUGAGAUAGGACAGUCUCCGUCUGAUGUGUAGUAUCCACCAGUCUGCCCUAACG